AUGGAUUCUGAAUAUCAACAAUGUGUCCCACCUACUGCUUCAAAUAGACGACGUCGUGAAUUGGAUGUAGACCAUGAACGGGGACGAGGGCGUGGGCGAGGACAAGGUCAAGGUCGUGGUCGAGAUCGUGAUCCAGUUUCGGUAGAAUAUGAUAUUCCCAGUGCCAGUCAAAGUGGGGGCCGAAGCCAAAGACGAGUUGAAGGUUAUGAUAUGCCUGACAUUGCUGUGGAGGAUACCUCUUUGCCUGAUUCUCCUCUUGUCCAGGAAGAGUACCUUACUCAUGCUUUUCCAGGUGGACCGACUGAUCCGUCAAUACUGCGGAGUUUCAAUAGUCAUGUGGCUGUAGCUAUUUGGCACGGGGAGGAACGAGGGCCCCUAAAGUGUCAUAAUCACUCUUCCAAGAUCCUUGCAUGGCCAUGGUGGUUAGUAGAGAAUAACACCAGAUUCAAAGCCAUUAUUGAGCAGUCUGGACUGUCACAGUUAGCUCGUUGCACUUAUCGGUUCGUCAACAAGCUUCUAAUCUCCAGUUUUGUUGAGAGAUGGCAACCUGAGACGAACACAUUUCACAUGACAGUUAGUGAGAUGACCUUGACCCUGGAUGAUGUUGGCACUAUUCUUGGCCUUCCCAUUGUAGGCAAAUCAGUCAGCAUACCAGAUGUGACAGAUCAUCAUGGAGUUACAUUACUCGUUUAUGGCUUGGGGAUUACUGAACGUGCAGCACAUGAAGAGGUUUCUUCUGCUGGUGGCAAUUCAGUCAACCUUGAAUGGUUGCGAAGAUGUACACUCUUCAGUGACAAGAGUGGCGGCAAGGUUCCUGUUGUUUACCUCGGCUUGUUGAUGGAUUUGGGAUCCAUACAUACUUAUGCCUGGGGUGCUGCUGCGUUAGCAUUUUUAUAUAGACAGUUGGGGUUUACUAGUCGGUCUGGGGUUAAGCAGAUAGGUGGUUAUAUGACUCUUUUGGAGGCGUGGAUUUAUGAGCACUUUCGAGCAUUCCGACCUCAUCAAAACAUGUGCUACAAUGAAGACAUGUCACACGUGUACCAUUGGGCAUCUAGGAGAGAGGCGGGUUCCUCCAUUGACCAUUUGAAAUCUUUUCGAGCCGAGCUUGACAGUUUACGUAUUGCACUUGCACUGCAAAUUUCACAUCCUAUUAUUGACGCUGGUUAUCAGGAGGGGAUUCGCCAUCCUUAUCGACUUUACCAGGCUAUCGAGAGUAUGACACAUGUUCUUGAAGGUCAGCACAUUGACGAAGCUGGACCUAGUUCUGCUGGACCUAGUUCUGUUGGAGGUCGCUUUCCAUCUUCGACAUUGACAUACAGUCGUAGGCCUAGGCGUAGGCAUACAGCUGAUUCGUGA